UGGGUGAAUUGACAAAUCACGUCAUAAGGCGGAAAUGUAACGUUCACUGAGACUGAAAUCACACACUUCUUUUUGUAUUUCUAUCCUAUCCUACUUUAACUAUGAGGAACAUAGUUGUAAAAAGAUGGUUUCCAAAAUGCAUACAGACAGCAUAACAAAGAGUGCUGAUUGGCUCCGUCUUCCAGUCAAGUUGUACGUAUGAAUUUGAUUGCGAACAAUUGAACCUCAUAUUGAUGUCUUGUCGGACAAUAAUCACAUAUCUGAUUUAUUUAUAAGUAGAUUUUAUUGUUUGAAGAAGACGAGGCCCUCAUUCGACGUUCAUCAUUGAUCUAGAAAUGGUUGAGUCCAACCCGUAUAGAUCACAUAUAGUUACAGGGAAGUAUGGAGGAGGUCUUAAAUGGUUUUGUGACAGAACCUUUUCCAAUUUUCGUCCCAUGUAUACCUAUAAAAUAACAUGAAAUGUCCCACCUCGAUCGCAGAUGCAAACGGCUUUAAGGCAUGAUCAACACGUCUUUUUCUCAGCUAGGAAUUGAAUGAAAUCAUUUCUAUUCAUGGACAAUUUGACAUUAUUAUCGGGUAUUUUUUUAUUUUCUAACCUUUGGUGCAGAACGCUUGGUCUAUGUGGAACAUGUAACAUAACACCUCUAGUCGGAUUUGAAAACAAGAGAGUUACGGGAGGAGUGAUGUGGACGAAUACUACCUUCACCAGUCUAACACAGUGUGCAGUUCGAUGUGCCUUGUUCCCCACCAUCAAGUCCUUUGGGUAUAGCCAGAGUACAAGGGAAUGUGUGGCCUACAACACACCAGCCACAUCUCCCUACACUACAGAAACUGGAUUCAACAUCUAUUCAUCUUGCCCACCAGUCGACGGUGGUGUUAGUGCAUGGGGCUCAUGGGGCUCAAAGUCCUGCUCAGAAACAUGUGGCAAUCCUUCUCCUGGCAUGUCGACUCGGACUCGAUCUUGCACCAAUCCCUCCCCAGCGAACGGCGGCGCUUCCUGUAUGGAGACACUCAGCGAUACUAAAAGUGAAACCUGUAAUCUCAUUGACUGUCCAGUGGACGGUGGUGUGAGUACUUGGGGCUCAUGGACUGUUGCAGCUUGUUCAGUAACUUGUGGACAGUUUGCCACUUAUCCCGAGUCCCGAACUCGAACCUGCACCAACCCAGCUCCAGCACACGGUGGGAAAGACUGCAUUGAGAGUCUAGCUGAAAUUAUCCCAAAGAGUUGUGAUCUCCCUAGUUGUACAGUACAUUUCGAAUCCUGCAACGGCUCUGCUGACUGCACUGUUGUAAAUACGACUUGUGAUGAUGGAUGGUGUGUGUGUGACAUAAUGCACCAGUACUCAAGCGGCAGCUGUGUCCAAGGGUGUGCUACCUAUGGUUCGGAUUUCACAACAUUCAGAAAUAUGCUCUUGAGCGGAUACAACACCAGGAUCAUCAGGAACGUCACAACGAUAGAGGCAUGUAUGUCUGCAUGCAUUGCAGAAACAGGUUUCCUGUGUAUUACAGCAGAUUACCAACAUCUGUCGUCUGACUGCUACUUGAGUAGUUUAGCUACGUAUGAGGUUCCAUUAAGCCGCGUUAUGAGCUCCAGCAAUUACCAUGAAUUUAUCCGCAAUUGUGCGUAAGAUCUUUUUGCUUCAUGGUUCCACAUUCUUUGUUUCAUGAUCUAUGGAUCCAAGAAUUCAUGGGUUUUGGUAUUUAUUGAAAUGUGAAAAAUUGACCACUUUUUCAGACUAAAUAAAUCAGUCAUAAAAACACAACAUUAGCUAUAUACUGGAUAGAACCGUUGGACGGUCUUGCACAUUGUGUGAAUGGUCGGUGCUACCGGUAGGGAGGACACGAUUCCCCUUUUUCGCGAACACCUUGUAUCAGCACUGAUUUUCAGUGAUCCAUUCAUAUACUUUUUACCACUAUUUUGCCUCAUACACCAACAGAAUCUGUUUCAGUCGAUCACCAAGACUGCAGCUGGUUUCCCAGGCGUUGACGUUAUAUAUUUACCGUGCCUAGUAUUUCUUUUAUGAAUGUGCUCACUUAUUUUGUAUACAAUAAAAUAAACACGCAGACACAGUAACACAUUUUUAUUUUUUUGCAAUCACUUAUGGUACGUACAUGUAUUGAGUAUGUAGGUAAUAGAGAUAUCAAUGUUUAAUCCUUGAACUGAAAUUGAUACCAGAAGUCAAAGUAUGCUCAUGGCAUGGCGCGUUGUCCGUCAGUGAGCUCGCACUUAUCUUCUGUACUGCCCGAAUGGAUGAAUAUUAAACUUUAGGAGAAAGUCAAGAACCAUAGUGGAAUUCAUAUGUGGCAAAAAUUGAAAUCAAAGAAAAUGUGAGAAUCCUUAAGCUUUACCAAUUGCGGUGAUACUUUACAUGAAUUAUUGUUACCAUAACACUGAUGUAUACGUAAGAUUAUAUUGAUGUCACAAUAAGAAUUGGCUCACUUUGAUAGUACCUGGCGAGCAACAGUACCUUGUCGCUAUUUGUAAAAUAUAUACUUUGCCCUUCUUGAAACAUGUACAUGUAUGUAUACAAACAUAUCCGAGUCACUGUUGACUGCAUCGAAUUUUCGACAUUAGACAAUGUAGGCAGCUGAAAGGUAUUUUUGCUUAGUCAUGUUUAAUAUACAAACCUGAACAGUUAAAAUAUGUAAUUUGUUGUGUGUUUAGUAUGUCACAGACCCAUAAUUACUAAAUUGAUACAUAUCUUAUGUUGUUUUAAUUUUGAAUUAACAUUCUUAAACUUGUAAUUUCAGUUGACUGCAACCUUUGACCUUUUGACACGCUCAAUAUUUUUUGUAAUGUUAAGCCAUUUGAUAAUUUCUCAUGGAGUUAAAUACUGUAUAUAUACUUCGACGAGCUCAAUGGUUUUGUAAAGUGGAGCCAUGGGAUAAUUUCUCAUUUAGUGAAAUACUGUAUGUGUACUUCGCCUUGAAAUAUCAUCAUGUUGUGUAUGUCACUAUUGUGAUUAAACAAGU